AUUUGAUAACUAAUUUAUUCAAUAAAUAAUUAAAUUUAUAAGAUAUAAAAAAUCAAAAGAUAACAAGAUCAUCAAGAAGCUCUAAGUGAAGUAAAAAUAGAAAUGGACACAAAAAAUAAUUUGUAAUAGGAAGAAGCCUUUUAUGAAAAAUUUGCAGUACCUCCAGCUCCAAUUAAAAAAGAAGAAAUUGAUUAUUCAUAUACAGAAGAGUUAAAAGCAGAGACAAGAAAAAUUAAGGAUUUGCUGAAUUUCAAAAUGACUAAUUAGUUUUAAGUAUUGUAAAUGAUCACUCAUACAAAUAAUCAUCAUAAUAAUAGAAUCAAAGCAAAUGAAUUUUUAGAUUAUAAUAGAUAUACUGAUAUUCUACCAUAUAAGCAUUCAGUUGUUAAAAUUAGCGGAAGUACCUAAGUUGAUUAAUACAUAAAUGCUAAUUACAUAAAUAAUCCCUUUAAAGAUAAAGCUUAUAUUGCUACUCAAGGACCUAUUCCAAAUACAAUCUCUUCUUUUUGGAGAAUGAUAUGGGAAUAAAAAACAAAUUUGAUUAUUAUGCUUUGCAAGGAAUUCGAAUAAAAUAAAGUUAAAUGUGAUAAAUAUUGGCCAAGCCAAGGAUAGAUCUUAUAGGAGGGAGAUUUGCAAGUCCAAUUUUUAUCGUAGUAAAAAAAUGCAUAAUAGAAUAUUAUUGAAAGACAAUUCAUACUCAAGUAUAAAAAUGAAUAACGUUAAGUCUCUUAAGUGCAUUGGGAAGGAUGGCCAGAUCAUGGUGUUCCUGAAAGUAGAGAUUAUGGAGUUUUAGAAAAUUUAGUAUAAAGGGUAGUAAAUCAAAUUGAAUAGUCCAAGAUUCCUGUCGUGCAUUGCAGUGCUGGAGUUGGUAGAACUGGUACAUUGUUAGCCCUCUCUAAUAUUUACAUGACUUUGAAAUAUCAUUAAGUUAAAAAAACUCCUAUAGACUAAAUAGAAUUAAACGUCUUAGAUAUAGUUAGAAGACUUAGAGAGUAAAGAAUGAUCAUGGUAUAAAUGGAUAACUAAUUAAACUUAGUAUAUGAAAUUACAAAAACUUUUAUCAGAAAAAUGUUCAAAUUUUGAGAAUCAAAAAUAAAUAACUUACCUUUGUUAAAUAAUCUAAAUUUUUGAAUUUAAUUAAAAUAUUUAAAUUUGACUUUUUCAAUAGUUCUUGAGUUAAAAUAUAUGUAGUUAUUUAAUAAGUUAAUUACUUAGCUAUUUAGUCAUUUAUUUAUUUUACUUAUUAACUUACUUACUGAUUUAGUAGUAGAAUGUACUUUUAAAUUAUAAUUUAAUAUUUUGGGAUA